AUGUUUUCUUAUUACAAAGUUAAGAAACUGGGAGAAGGUACUUAUGCUAAUAUAUACAUGGGUUACCAGACAAAGUAUAUUGGUGAUAAAUUUAUUAAAGAACAGCCUGAUAGUAUUGAUAGAAUAGUUGCUAUUAAAAAGAUUAAAAAACAGGAACAUUCUUCAGGACAAGAAGUAUCAGCUAUUCGAGAGAUAAAAUCUCUUAAAAUGAUCAAAAAUUCUUAUGUUAUAGAAAUGAUAGAAACUUUCUCUUAUAAAAAUUCACUUUAUAUAAUCUUAGAGUAUAUAAAUCAUGAUCUUGAAAAAAUUAUUAGAAACAAGAAUAUAAUUAUUAUGCCUGGUGAUAUUAAAUCAUGGCUGUUUAUGUUAUUAUCAGGUCUUAAAGCUUGCCAUGAUGAGUAUUUUGUUCAUAGAGAUUUAAAACCUAAUAAUCUUUUAAUUUGUUCUGAUGGAACUUUAAAAUUAGCUGAUUUUGGAUUAACUCGUUUCAUAUCAGAUAAAAUGACCCCUUAUGCUAUUUCGAGAUGGUAUCGACCACCUGAAUUAUUAAUUGGCCAGAAACACUAUUCUUUUAAAGCUGAUAUGUGGUCUAUUGGUGUAAUUUUUGCUGAAAUGUUAUUAAGAGUCCCGCUUUUUGCAGCUGAUACUGAUUUUAAACAAUUAGAAUUGAUUUGUAAAACACUUGGAACUCCUAAAGACUCUCAAUACCAAAAUCUUGAUUUGGUAGGAUUUACUCUCCCUAACUAUCCACCUGUGAAUCUUAAGAAAAUUUUUAUAGCUGCUACUGAUGACGCACUCGAUCUUUUAAAGGGUUUACUAGAAUUUAAUCCUAAUGAUAGACUUUCAGUUGAAAGUGCACUUAAUCAUAAAUAUUUUAAAAACUCUCCUCCUGCAACCAGACCAAAUAACUUUACAUUCUUAUCAAUGAUUUAG